AGCACUCGUAAAAAAUCGUCGUUGUAUAUGUGCACAAAGUUUGAGUUUUAUUAGAAAAAAAAGUAAAACAUUUUUUGUGUGUGUGUAUUCCACAUUAUAGAAAUUAAUGGAUCAAGAUCUAUUGAUAAAAUUAAUUCAGAUUUUUAUUUGAAAAUCAUCAAAUAUCAAAAUUAUUCUCUUCAGAUAUACUCGUAACGGAAUAUAUAUAUAUCUGACACGAUUACGAUUAUUUACAGAACACAAUGUCAGCCGCAUUACGUAGUAGUACAUCGGACAUCAAAUAUCCUUCGGGAUGUCGUGAGAUUACCGAAGAAUUAGCUACCGAUGAUCUUAUUCGAAGGCUCAAGGAUAUUGCCAUGGCAUUUCAACAGAUGUCACAGGAAGAGAAUAAUAAAAUCUACAUUCCAUUGGCAUUAUAUCUGGCCACUGACUUUUUUCUUGAACAUCCAUCUCGUGAUGUUCGAUUGUUGGUUGCCUGUUCCAUUGCUGAUGUAUUUCGAGUGUUUGCACCGAAUGCUCCAUAUGAUCGAGCCGAUAUAAUCAAAAGAAUAUUCAUGUUUUUCAUUCAACAAUUGAAAGGAUUACAGGAUCCAAAAGAUGCUACAUUUAAACGUUAUUUCUAUCUUCUCGAAAAUCUUGCCUGGGUUAAAUCAUUCAACAUAUGUAUCGAAUUGGAAGAUUCACAACAAAUUUUCUGUGAAUUAUUUUCACUAAUGUUCAAGAUUGUCAAUGAAAAUCAUAGUGAAAAAGUGAAAAAUUUCAUGCUAGACGUAUUGAAACCAUUGAUAAUUGAAUCGGAUACAGUAUCGUCGAAAUUAUUGCAAAUUAUAUUGAUGCAAAUUAUUGAUCCGAAAAAAUCGGCCAACAAACAAGCAUAUUGGUUAGCAUCACAAAUUCUUGAUAAAACCAGUAGUACAUUGGAACCAUAUAUAUCGUCAUUUUUUUCCAAAGCCAUUACACGUGGUUGGAACGAAAACGGUAAUGUUUCAGAUGGUGAAAAUGAUGACGAAGAAAUGAAUGAAUUGAAACAAAAAUUCCGUAAGAAUAAAUCCAAUUCAAAUUCGAUUGAAGUAUCACAGAUAUGUGAUUUAAUUUAUGAAUUAAAUCAAAUCUGUCCAAAUAUUGUCAAAGGUCUUUUGCCACAUAUUGAAUUUAAAUUGAAAACAAAUGAAGAAAAAGAACGUUGUGAAUACACUAAACUUUUGGCCCGAUUAUUCUCUGACCGAAAUUCUGAUUUGGCUCAAAAAUUUCCUGAAGCUUGGAAACAAUUUCUUGGACGUUUUCGAGAUAUCAGUGUUUCCGUACGGGUUCGUUGCUGUCAAUACUCUAUGCAUUUUCUUGUUAAUCAUAAAGAAUUACGACAAGAUAUAACUGAACAAUUGAAACAACGACAACAUGAUACUGAUGAAAAUGUUCGCUAUGAAGUAGUCAUGGCCAUUGUUAGUGCAGGAAAAAAAAGCAUUGAUAAUAUCAAUGAAGAUUUACUUGGUUUUGUCAAAGAACGUACUUUGGAUAAAAAAUUUAAAAUUCGUCGUGAAGCUUUGUUGGGCAUGGCACAGCUAUAUAAACAAUAUAAUUAUCAUCUAUCCACAUCGGCUGCUGUUGCUAAUCAAACAGAUCCUGAAUCUACUGAAGCUGCUCAGGCUUCAUUACGAAUGUUGAGCUGGAUCAAGAAUAAAUGUAUGCACAAUUAUUAUCAAGCACAAUUGGAAGAUAAAUUAUUGGUCGAAAGAAUUGUACACACUUGUUUGGUACCAUUUUCAUUGAAUCUUUCACAACGAAUGAAAGCAUUGUACAUGUUUUAUUGUUCUAUUGAUGUUCGUGCUGCACGUGCAUUCAAUGAACUACUUCGUCAACAACAGGCUGUUCGUCGUCAAAUGAAAGAUGUAAUGGACAUCAUAUGUCGAACAGAAAAAAUUGAAGAUAAAGAUAUGAUAUUGAAACAAAAAGUUGCAUUGGUAGCCAAAAAUCUUACCGAACCUGUCAAAGCAGAAGAAUAUAUAAAUAAAUUAUGUCAGAAUCUUGAAACAAACAUUACAGCUAAACAACACAUGAACAUGAUCGUUACAUCGGCUUCAUUUGUACAAUUGACUGAAGAUGGAAAAUAUGUACCGCCAGCAUCAUCAGCGACAAUCGAAAAUUCCGUCCGUGAGAUACUCAAAUCGCUUGGAUUUCCCGUUCAGACUAAUUCAUUCUAUAUGAUUAUCAAACAAUUAAUGGAACGUAUUGCACCGAUCAUGAUUGAUCAUCAAGGACUGUUGAUGAUAUUCAACUAUGUUUCCGAUUCAUUGAUUGGUGACGGAGAAUUGGAUGGUCAAAUGGGUCUGCAUAAUUCGGCUAUUCGUGGAUUACAACUUAUUGAAAUUUUAUCAGUCGUUUUUCCUCCUUUAUUCUGUGGUCGUGAUAUAUUCAAUACUUAUCUAUUGCCAUUUUUAUGGCAAUGUGGCGGUUAUCCUGAAGUUGCAGAAAUUGUUUUACAAAUUUUGACCAAUAUCGGUUCAACAGCUUUUUCUGAUUCCGAUACAAUGGAAAAUACAAUCAUUCCUUGGUGGGCAGAAAAUGAAGAUUUUGUCACACGUUUGAUUGAUAAAUUUAUUCUUAAUGCCUCGACAACAAAACAGGCAAAAUAUGCCAUCAAAUGUUUGAAUGCCAUCAUAUUGGAUGACAAUGAAAAGAUUAAAAUCUAUGGCGAUAUUAUCGAUAAAAUUAAAGAAGCUGGCCUCUCAUUAGAAUCUACACCAUAUUUUCGUUUCCAUUUGGUUGCACUCGGUAUGAUCGCUGUGAAUGGUGGCCAUUUAUUUUUUCCGAAAAUGUUACGUUCAAUUGUACAGAAAUUCAUUGUACAAGGAUUAUUACUCAAAGAUAUACGUACACAAUUGGAAAUUGAAACAUUACAAAAAUCUGAAAACGAAAAAGAACAUAGUAAUGAUCUGAAUACAAUCUAUGAAUUUCUAAGCGAUGAAGUGAAAGCUAAACAUGAAGGUAUCAAAUUAUUGGUUCGAUGGAUUUUUGGAUUGAAAUUGAAUUCCAUUUUGGUUAUACAAGAGAGUCAAGCUGAAGCAAACAGUACCUAUCAGAAAGCUGCAUCCAAUGCUUUUCAAUUGUUAAAGACAAUCAUUAAAACUGAUGGUGAUUUGAAUGAAAAUGACCAUGCCGGUACUGUUCUGGAGAAGGCAUUUCUUAAACUUACCGCUGCAUUGGCCAUGAUAAAGAUUGCCUCUAAUGAUGCUCAUUCAUCAGUAUCAUCGAAUAAUGAACCAGUUUUCCAAAAAUCAUCAACAUUGGAUAUAAUGUCCGUUCAUCAAUGGCAUUGUUUGGCAACGGUUUUACUUGAUUCACAAGAAUUUGUCCGCGAAAAGUUCCUAAGCAAAUUGAACAAAAGCCUUAUGUCGUUGAAUUUGGGAUUGGAAUUUUUGGCCUAUUUUUCAUUAGGUGGCAUGUUUGAAAAUAAUGCAUUCAGGAAUAAAAUGAAAACCUUUAUACAUUUAAAUAUGAUCAAACGGCGUGAUAUCGUCAAAACACGAAUGACACCAAAUCUGAAAAGUGUUGUACCGGAAUGUGUCAUGCCAUUUGUCAUACAUCUAUUGGCUAAUAUGCCAUUCUACACUCAGCAUGAUGAUAUUGAUCAAUUGGAAAAAAUUAAAGAAUGUCUUUGGUUUAUCUUGGAACCAUUGGUAUUGAAAAAUGAACUUUAUUCGUUUUCAUUUUUCAAGAAAACAUUUGAAAAUAUCAAACAAUGUGUAGAUCGUGUGACUGCAUCACAGAUGAAAACAUCGAAUAAUGAUCCUAAUAUUGUUAAAAUGGCCACAAUUGUCAAUCAUAAAAUUUAUUCAGUAUCUGAUUUGGCUAUGGGCCUAGUCAUAUGUAAAACGCAAAAUUUUUUGCUCAAAGAAUUUCCUGUACCACCUAGUUUACCUGGAAAAUAUUUUACAGCAUCGUCAAACGCUGUUAAUGUAACGAAAAAUUAUCUACCGGUUGAAAUGCAAUUUCAACCACCGAAACGUUGUGGCCUUGAAACAGAAAUGUUGGGCCGUAUAACGAAAUCAUUUUCACAGUCAAAUGCUGGUAAAAAUAAAAAAAGUGGUAAACAAACGAAGAAUCAACAACAACAACAACAACAACAACAACAUUCAAUAAUAAAUAAUGAUAAUCUUAUCGAUGAUUCAAGUUUAGUCGAUCAAAAUGAUAAUUCAAAUAAUUCAUUGAUACAACAACAACAAUCAAAUACGACUGGUGCUAGAACACGAAAACAACAGAUUGUAAUGUGUUCAGAUAAUGAAAAUGAUUCCAAUCAAUCGGCACCAUCAACAAGUAAUGCAGUUAAUAAUAAUAAUGAUAAUAAUGAUGAUAAUGAUGAUGAUAAUAACGAAACGACCAACAACAAUGAUGCUAAUGAUGAUAAUGAAAAAGAUCAGACAACUGAACAAACGUUGAAUAAUGAAAAAUCGGAAUAUGAUUUCGAUGAUGGUGAUGAUGACCAACAGCAAGAAAUUAAUCGAAAUUCUGAAUCUAAUGCUGAUUCUGCCGCCACUUUUGGUCAAAAACGUGGUCGUGGUCGGCCGCCAUCGAAACCAACAACCUCAUCAACUAUGGCAGUGAAUAAAACCGAUACCGCCACCAGUCAAGCAGCAGCAGCAUCAUCACCAUCAAAUCGCGAUGGAUCACCACCACGUAAAUCAGCUCGUAUAGCUCACAAAUCACCUCGUCGAUCACCAUCUCCUGAACUUGAAUCAGCUGAAUUAUCUUCAUCUUCCAUGACCGUUGCGACAAAAUCAAGUGUUAAUACACCAAUGCCUCAAGCAACAUCAACUCCUAUUGCUACUCGACAUACAACACGUACAAGUGGCCGUUUGGUUGGUAAAAAAUAACCACAAACAAAUUGUACUCCGAAAUAUAAGUCAUCAUCAACAUCAUCAUCAUUGAAUCAUCCAUUAAUUUUUUUAUAGCAAAAAAAAAUUGAUUAUUGGUAGCAACAACAACAACAAACUUUUCCUAAUCAUAUAUGAUGGAAUCAGCAGCCAAAUUAAUUCGUAAAAUUCUUUUCAUUAUUAUUCAUCCACACACCACCACCAUCACUCUAUAUAUAUAAAUACAUUUUUGCUCUGUUUUCAAGUCAUUAAUGUUGAUCAAUUUAUAAUCAUCGAGUUUUUUUUUACCAUCUGGAAAAAAAAUGAAUG